ACACAAUCCUCUCAGCGCCCAUGUAAGUUCACAUUAACAAAACGUUUCCUUCUUUUUUUUCCUCCUUCAGCGAACUGCUUCUUGAAUCAAACGUGUUUCCGUGUUGUCCGGCUUUCAGCGGAGCCACGGGUGGUUCGCGUGGUUUAUCCUUCAGUCGCUGCCGCCUGGCGCGGUGCCCUGGUCGCCUGUAGCUAACCAUGGCUGAAGCGGUGUGUUUUUCCUUUUUUUUUUCUUUUUUUUUUUCUUCUUCUUCCUGUACAUAAAUUGGCCAGGGAGCCUAGCCUCCUUAGCUAGCCUGCUAACUGACAGAGUGGACGGGUUGCGUGUGAGCGCCUGUUUCGAUCCCCUGGACAGCCUGGGCGGCAUGUGAUUUUUCUAAAUGUCCUUGGAAACAGCUGACUAAAGUUUGACAGCUAUCUCAUCAGAACUGACCAGAGAGCCCGGCGCAGGAAAGUUGCUGGGAUUAUUAAGCCCUUUCCUGUUUUUAUAGACCCACACUUCAUCUGCUGAUGACCACAUAUAAAGCCAGUCCUGAGUUGUGAGUCAGAAGAGGGAAAGGCUGGGCUGAUGACAAGCAUGACAUUGAGCCAAGUCACAGAUGCAUGCCCACUCAAAAGGCCCAACUGAGCACCAACCCCUCUGCUUCCUGGCUUUCAACUGGCCUCUCAGAGGGGGUGGGGGCGGUGUCUACGGGGCAUAGCUGUUCCCUUCACCCCCCCCAAGUAGAACCUCUCUGUGAAACUGGAGGUCUCUGAUGGAUCAAGGUAGUUGUGAACUGAGUCCAGAGGAGCCGGACACAGGAGGCCGAGCAGAGUCGGAGCUGGGCAGGAGGGCGUCGGAGUCAGAGCAUGGCUUGUCCAAAAUCACCCAUAAUGCCCUGGAGAACAUGGGAGCGUUGGGCCAUGGCCUGAAGCACUUCUUCCAGCCACAGCGCCGACGCUCCUCCGUUUCCCCACAUGACUCCGCCGUGUGCUGCACAGGCGCCCCUCCCUCCGAACCCACUGAUGUAGGGUCAGAAGUAGGGGACGCCUCGUUGGCCCUCCCUUUGGAUUCUGACAACCCCGCUGCUCCCGCCCCUCCUGCAGCUCUGAGCCGUGUUCUUCAGCAGAUCCGAGGUGCUCCACCAAUGAUGAAGAGAGGCACCAGCCUGCAGAGUCGGCGCAGCAAAACAGGGAGCGUUGGGGAUCCCCCCCAGAAAGGUAGCCCCCAGAUCCACAGGCGCAGCACCCAUGAGGCCCUGCUGCACGCUGGACGCCCACGCUCCUCCUCGACUACAGACACACCCAGCAGCCCAGGCUUAGCUGACGUGCUGCUGACCUCUGGUUACCACUCCACUGAGGAGCCUGACAAGGAUGAACCGGUGAAUGGGGAGAUGAGCUUUCAGCUGGGGAAGCUGGAUCGUUAUGAUGGCUCGGGCCCUGCUGUGUCACCCAAUGCUCUUCCCUACGGUGCAGACGGAUAUGAUGUAGUUGACAGUACCCCAGACCCCCAGCGAACUAAACAGGCCAUUGCCCAACUUCAACAGAAGAUCCUCAAACUCACGGAACAAAUCAAGAUCGAACAAACUGCUCGCGAUGACAAUGUGGCUGAAUACCUGAAACUCGCCAACAAUGCAGACAAACUACAGAGUGCACGCAUCAAACAGGUGUUUGAGAAGAAGAACCAAAAGUCGGCCCAGACCAUCCAGCAACUGCAGAGGAAGCUGGAGCACUAUCACCGGAAGCUCCGUGAGGUGGAGCACAAUGGCAUCCCUCGCCAGCCCAAAGACGUUUUCCGUGACAUGCACCAGGGGCUUAAAGACGUUGGAGCCAAGGUGACCGGUGGCUUCUCCAGUUUCUCGCAGGCCACUCAUUCUGCAGCUGGAGCAGUGGUGUCCAAGCCAAGAGAAAUUGCUUCCCUCAUUCGUAACAAGUUUGGCAGCGCUGAUAAUAUUGCAGGCCUGAAAGACUCUUUGGAUGAAACCCAGGGAGACGAAGGCGUUGGUCCUGGGGCAGCAAGGACCCUUGGGACGGGACAGUUGCAGUCCAGCCCAAAGUAUGGCAGUGAUGAUGAUUGUUCUAGCGCUACGUCUGGCUCUGCAGGAGCCAAUAGCACUACUGGAGUUCCCGGAGGUCCCCCUAGCUCCAAGGGCAAUACCCUUGAUCAUACCCAGGCCUCAGGCUUUGAUGCUGUUCUCCAUGAGAUUCAAGAGCUCCGGGAAAACCAAGGUCGACUUGAGGAGUCCUUUGACAAUUUAAAAGCCCACUAUCAGCGCGACUACACAUUGAUCAUGGAGGCCUUGCAAGAGGAACGAUACAGGUGUGAACGUUUAGAAGAACAACUCAAUGACUUGACAGAGCUACACCAGAAUGAAAUUCUGAACUUGAAACAGGAACUAGCCAGCAUGGAGGAGAAGAUUGCUUAUCAGUCUUAUGAAAGAGCAAGGGACAUUCAGGAGGCACUGGAGGCCUGUCAGACGCGAAUCUCCAAGAUGGAGCUGCAGCAGCAACAGCAGCAAGUGGUGCAGCUGGAGGGUUUGGAGAAUGCCACAGCGCGGACUCUCCUCGGAAAACUAAUCAAUGUGCUACUAGCUGUCAUGGCAGUCCUGUUGGUGUUUGUGUCCACUGUGGCGAACUGUGUCGUCCCAUUAAUGAAAACACGAAGCCGCACGCUUUCAACGCUGCUCCUUGUAAUCCUCCUCGCCUUCCUCUGGAGGCACUGGGACGCCAUUUCAGAGUGUCUGCAUCGCUUUCUUCUGCACCCCAGAUGACCGGCUUGGACAGGCUUAUUUAAAUGAAGGGACAGGGGGUUUGGUGCUGACGUACUAACAGGAGCACUAACCCAUACAGGGAGUUGAGUCUCUAUAGUCAUACCUUAGUCCUCUUGUUCUGCAAAUUCUCAAAACUCUCAGGAGGAUUGCAUCAGAGGAUUGUCACUUUAUCACUUUUUAAUGUUUUUGUUGUUUUUUUUUAAAGAUAAAACCGAAUAAGGGGAGGAAUGGUUAGAUGUUUGGUACUGGCUUUGUGGUGCUGUUGUGUGGCACUAGCACAUUCUGAAAGGGUGAAUGGGGCAUAGUUGAAGGAGGGGCGGAGAGAACUGCACACUUGAUUUCUCUCUUCUGAGUGAAUUUGUUUACAUGUGGAAAACUUUGCAUCGUUUCCCCACAGAAGAAAUUGUAAUUCAGAAUUUUAUUACUUUUGAGGCGAUUUUAAAGUGGUAUUGUUUGAAGUCACUGCUAUUUUUAAUACAGCUGAUUGAUGGCUUUUUAAAUUUCUUUCGACUGUAAUGAGAUGACAAGUGUUCUGAGAAUUUAAUUGUUCACACUUUCUUUUUGUAAGUUCUCCCUCUCUUCUGGUCUUACCAUUCAGGUUUGUUUUUUCCCAGUCUGCCCUUUCUUUCCUCUCUUUUUAAAUUUAACUUGUGUGACCAACUCUUCCUCUUCUUGCUCAACACACUCUGAAGAAUGGAGUGCUUGCACAUCAGCUACAUUGCUCUGGAAUCAAGACAUUUUUCACUGGAUCAAAUAGUAGGGAGUUUCAUGACUUGUUUCAUUUGGACGUGUGAUGUGAAGUCAAUAACACUGGUUCUGCCACGACCAGGAUAUUACUAUCAAGAGCGUCUUGUUUGGAGUUGCGACCCGGCCCUCUGGGCCAACUGGAUCCGACUGUCCUGGUGGCUUUUCCUCUGCAGAAGAAUAAUCUAUGAACUGAAUUACAUACUUGAAGAGCGGUUUAAGUGCUCAAAGACUCAGUGCUUCCGUACUGUUUCUGUUAGUGACAAUGAAAUAGUAAUACUUUUUAGUUGAUUUUUUUUAUUUUUUAAAAACAAAUAAAUUUGCUGUUUUAAAAGAUGAA